AUGUUAAAUAAAAAUGUGUCAAAUCAAAUCCCAAUUGAAUUUAAUUCAGACUAAGAUGAAUUUCAUUAAUGUAAUCCAAGCAAAAGUGAUUCAACAGCAACUCCAGGCUUAAAUGAUAAUUCUAAUUCAUCUAAAAUUAUUUGUUCUUAACUUUUUGAGCAUAAUCUAAAUCAAGAUGGUAAAAGACUUUAUAUUACAUAAGAUGAUGAGUUCGAUUCCUUGAAUAAAUAAUUAUCAGAUGUUUUACUCACUGACAGUUAUAGACCAUCAUUAAUUCAAGCUUUUUCUGCUGAUAUGUAUACGUUACCAAUUUUAAAUUACCUAGGUCCUCAUAUUUGAGUCAUGAGAAGCUUACUAAAAACUCUAGAAAAAUGUAAUAAGAGUAUGAGUAGGCCAACAAUAAAGAGAGAGGAUACGUAUUUAACACUUAUAUUAAAAAUAACAUAAUUAUUCUUAGUUUGGAUAAAUACAUGCAUUACAUACUGGAAAAAAUUAUAGAAAUUGGUAUUUAUUAUAAAAAAUAAUUAGGGCCGUCUAAUUUUAAAAACAUUAUCUUAGAUUAGAUUUUUAAUUCCAUAAAAAAAUUAAUCACUGAUCUUCAUGCUUGUAAGGUGAUGUAGAAGGGAUUAGAGAUAAUGUCCGAAUAUCCUUAAGAAUCUGUACCUCAAUAUUAAAAAUAUAUUAAUUUUAUUUUAGAAGAGACUAAUUUUACAAGAAAACUAUACACUGAUAAAAUUGGAAAUUAAAUAUUUUCUAAAUCUUUAGAAGUAUUUGAAGAACGGAAUUUGGAAUCUCUUUUGUAGAUCUUUAAUAAAUAUGUAAAUAUAUUCAAUUAAAUAUUAGAUUUUAAAUCAUAAUUAAUAUUCUUUAGAAUUAUCAACUGAUCAAUAUGGCUGUCUGAUUGUUAAUAAAAUUAUUGAUAUCUUUCCAAAACUUCUUGAUUAAAAAACAAAAUCCAUAGCAAAUGAAAUUAUAAUGAGAACAAUACAUAAUUCAUCUUGUUUGAUAAGAAGACAAUAUGCUAAUUAUAUAAUUCAGUAAUUGUUGGAAAAAGGGUCAGAGAAUCACAAAAGAGUUCUUUUAGAUAAUUAUCUAAUAAAAGAUUUUAUUUCGAUGUCUCUAGAUAAAUAUGGAAGUAAUGUAGCUGAAAAAGCUAUAGUUUAUGCAGGUUCUUAAUGGAGAUAGAAACUUUGGGAAGAAGAAGUAUCGAUAUCAGAAAGGUAAUUAAAAUUAAUGAAUAAAUUAAUAGUUCAUUUAGAAAAUUAGUAAAUGAUUAGUUUGCAAAUUAUCCUAUCUAAAGACUUUAUGAAUAUUUGACUAUUGAGUAUAGAAAUGAAUUUAUUGCAUUAUUGAACAGAUUGCAUGAUAGUCAUUUUCUCAAUCAUCAUGGUUAAAUUGUUUUAAAAUUUUCACUAUCUAAUUAUAACGCUAAACGAUUUACCCAAAAGAUUAAUGCAAAUGAAAAUAGCAAACCUACGAAAUAGUAAGAAAAAAAUAAAUAGCUUCAAUAAGUAUAUGAAAAACAAUAGAAAAUUUAGUAAAAUUAAAUGCAAUACCAACAGUAUUUACAAUAAUAAUAGAUGAUGGCAUUGUAACAUUAAUGGUUGCAACAAUAAUAAUAGCAACAAAGUUAAUAUUUAUCUCCUAUAGAAAUACAAUAAUAUUAAGCAAUGCUUUUACAAUAAACGAUGUUAAUGUAUUAAUAGCAAUAAUAGAAUCUUUAAUUUUAGUAGUCCUCUAUGAAUUAGUAGUAGUUUCCUUUCUCCUAAUAAUUUUAACUUCAAGAUUAGCUAAAUUAACAAGCACUUAAAUACUACUAAUAAAUUUAGAACUUUCAGAAAGCAAAUUAAAAUAAAUAGGAAUGA